GGCUAUCUCCAGGGCGACCGCGACCCGGUCACCCAUUUGGCCGCGGCGUCAGAGGUACGUCAUCGCCUUGCGCCAUCCCGGAAGUGAUUGUCCCUGCUGCCGGGUGGGUCGGGACGCAAGGCCUUCUCUGCCCUGGCGGAGGUAGGGGCACUGAUGCGGUUUCUGCUCGGUUACCAUGGCGGUGUUUCACGACGAGGUGGAGAUCGAGGACUUUCAAUAUGACGAGGACUCGGAGACUUAUUUCUACCCCUGUCCCUGUGGGGAUAACUUCUCCAUCACCAAGGAAGAUUUGGAGAAUGGAGAAGACGUGGCAACGUGUCCUAGCUGCUCGCUCAUUAUAAAAGUGAUUUAUGACAAAGAUCAGUUUAUGUCUGGAGAAACAGUCCCAGCACCUUCAACCAACAAGGAGUUAGUUAAAUGCUGAAGAAGCCCUUAGGAACCCAAAUCCUAAGCAGCAGGCAAUGAGCCCAGGUGAACGGAUCAAGUGCUGAGUGAGCCACCUCUCCACAGAACAGCUGUCUGUGGCUUGCUCUUCAUCAGCUGCUGAAUUCUUCAUAAGAAAUGAGCCCGUGACGUCAGCCCUGGAUUUCGUGAUUACACGGCAUUGGAAGGAUUCCUAAUUGUCCAUCUGAAUUUAAAGGAAGAGCCUUAUGAACUGGCGCUUUUUCUUUCUCCUGGUUGCACCAUUUGAACAUCUUAAAACUAACUCAUUUUUCUGAAAACAACAUCAUCCGCUUCAAUCCUUAGGCUUUUUAUUUUUGUUUUUAAGAUUUACUUUUUAUUUUUAGUGUGUGUGUGUGUGUGCGCGUGCGCGCGCGAGUGCGUGUGUGUGUGUGUGUGUGUAUGUCUGUCCAUUUGUGUCAGGCCAUGUGUGUGUUGAGUGCAGCUGCUCAGGAAGGCCAGAGGCAUCGGGUCUCCUGGAACAGGAGUCGCAAAUGGUUGUGAGCCACCCGACGUGGGUGCUGGGACCCAGACUUGGGUCCUUGGAAAGCACUACAUGGUCUUAAUCUCUGAGCCAUCUUUGCAGCCUGCAGGGUCCUUAUUUUAAAAGAUUACAUUUUGAUGGAGCUGUGGAGCUGAUUCGGAUGAGGCCUUUCUCUGUCAUUUGCUUUGUUGGAAACCUAGGGGAAUGUGUGCCUUUCCUGCUGCUGUGCUCUGACUUUGGCAGCCAGCCGCCCUGACCUUGCUGUGACUGCAUGGUUCGUGUUAGCAGUCAUUCCUGUUGCUCUUCGUGCACAGAGUUCAGUACUGUGAGGCCACGGUUUCUCUAUAGCUUACAGUUAGUGACUGAGGAGGGCCAAGCUUGAGUGCAAUAGUGAAAGGAACAACUCCUGAUACUUGGUGCAUCCCUUACGUUAGGACAGGAGAAAAAGAAACACAGUCAAUGGAGAAAAACUGCUGUCAGUGAGAGGCGUGAAGUCUGCCAACUUGGCAAAUGAAAGUGCAUGAAUAAUUUUUCCAGGCUGGAGCAAGUAUUUCUGUAUCUGGGCCUUUAUUUCUUGAAAUGACUGAGGGACCGCAUUUCAGACGGGUUAGGUUGAGUCUUCACAUAGCAGCAGUUGUAACAUGUCCCAGCCUGUGUGACCGCUAGUCCUCAUAAGUGGCACCUCCACAGCAGAGCAUGAGGGCACGCCUAAUAAGCCUGCACAUAAUGAGGAGAAAUGAGAAAAACUCUUCCCUCACUGCGGUCUGAGAGUAGCAAAAAGUCAGACUCAGUUGUGCAGAAGUUUGAGAAGUUUCUGUAAACACAGCUUUUCUGUGAAUGCAUAGACUUGAAAGUACACUGGUAUCCAGCACAUUAGGGUGUGACUCCUGCACCUGAAAAAGCCAGUAGGGACUGAAGAGAAGGCUCAUGAAUUAAGAGCACAGGCCCAAGAGGACCUGUGUUCAAUUCCCAGCACUUGUGUAGUUCACAGCUGUUUGUAACUCCAGUUCCUGGGGUUCUCAUGCUUUCUUCUGACCUCUGGACACCAGGCAUGCAUGUGGUACACAGACACAGACAAAACACCCAUACAACUAAAUAAAAUUCUUUUUUAAAAAGAAAAUAGCCAAUAAAUACAUUGUACCCACUCAAUGGGGGCUUAAAUUAAAAUAUAUAACCGGGUUGGUUUUUUUUAACCAGUGAGUAAUGUACAGUUCUAUGUAGCCAUUAGGCUGAGGCAAAGUAAGUUAAAAGCUGCCAGAAGUGUGUUGUACAUCUUAUGUUACAUUUCUUUUUUCUUUUUCUUUUUUUUUUUUUUUUUUUUUUUUUUUUUUUUUUGUCAGAGGUGGGGAUGUGUUGAACCUCGAGCCUUGCACAUCCUGGGCAAGUGCUCUAGUUCUGGUUUGGAUCUCCAGCCAGCCCAUUUUUAAUAGGAUAGGAAAUCUUACUGCUGUUUGAUGCCCCCCCCCCCCAAUGAUCUUAGAGAGCAGUGCCACUGCUCAGUUGGAUAAAACAGGGUACUGGUGAGAAUGAGCUACACAGAGACUGUCCCGUGCUCAGAUCAGUGGCCUUGGAAAUUCCACUAACAGGCUUUCUCUGCUGUGAACACAGUGGAGCAGAACAGAGUCUGAUGUGAGUCACCUCAGGAGAGAAAAGCAUGAGCAGACUCCCGGCCAGUGAUUGGUUGAAGUGGGUGUGCUUUUGUCUUAAAGCAACUGAGCAAGUUUAAAAACUACCAAAGGAAUACCAGCUAUUAGUCCUGUAUUAAACAGAAAGAACUAAGGCCAUUCAGAUAUGACUGGACUCCCAAGCAUUUCCGAGGCUCCGUGAGUGGACCUUGAGCUCUAUAGGCCUACGGAUUCCUCGUCUGUGCGGUUAGGAUAGUUGGGUGAUUUCAGCCAUCAGUUCUCAUUUUAGAUGUGGCUCCUUGCCAGGACUCAAACCUUUAUAAACUCCAAACCAUGAAUCACAGCCGAUGGGAGCUCCACUCUUCUCCCAUAGCAUUAUCAUACUUGAGAGCUUGAAAAGUUUUAAGUCAAAUCAGUCAGUGGUGGCAUACACCUUUAAUCCCAGCACUCAGAAGGUAGAGGCAGGCAGAUCUCUGUGAGUUUGAGACCAGCCUGAUCUACAAGAACUAGUUCCAGGACAGGCACCAAGCUACAGAGAAACCCUGUCUCGAAAAAAUCAAAAAAAAAAGGAAAAGGAAAAAAAGUUUUUAAGUCAGUCUUUCAAAGGAUUCUACACAUAUGUUUGCAACACAUUCAUAUACAGCCAACAAUUUUGUAGCCUUGUAUGUAUUAAUUUAUUAAAAUGACUUGUAUUGCUAGGCUAAUAAAAUGAGAUCAUGCAAAUUCA